AUGGGCCGUUUUCCCAAAAAAAAUCAAAACAGUGAUGACAGCUCAGCGAGCGGGUCAAAUAAAACUGUGGGACUUGAUAAAAAAAAAUACAGACAAGCAAAGUAUAGUAAUAACUACAAAGUUGAUAAAUGGGUGUCGAAGAGGAAGAACUUGUUGUUGCAUGAACUGAAAAAUGAAGCUCACGUGUCUAAAAAAUUUAUAAAAUCAAUAGCUAGUCGCGACACACGUGGAAAUAAAAAUUUGGAUAAAAUACGUGAGAAGCAAGAAAAUCUUCAGAAGGAACGGGCAGCAAAAAAAGAAGAAUUUAUUCGUAAAGCUCAAGAAAGAGAAGAAGCAAUAAAAAGGUCUAAGGAAAGAAGAUUUGAAACUUUCAAAAAAUUGAGCAAAAGAACUAAAAAAGGACAACCUGUAAUGAAAGAUCGGAUUGAAAUGUUGUUACAAAAAAUUCAAGCUUCAGCUAAUUAA